GUACAAAGCCAGUGAGCUGAUUUAAUUUGCUGUUUCCUCCAGUGGGCGGAGUAGCAGGGCUCUGCCUGGCCGCAAAGCGCUGCUCUCUGUACCGUGUUGUUGCCGUUAUCUCUCCACUCAUGCGGACCCAGCUGAAGCUCAUGGACUAGCCGGAGGUGUAGCGGACUGUGUUGAACUCGUAGUGGACUGAGUGACGCCGGUUGAUCAUGGCUGCCAAAGAAGACCUCUACAGCAAAAUCCUCCCUCGGCGGCUCCGGCAGAACCGAGCGGGAUCGAUGAAAUGCGGCUCCAGCCUGGACGUGCUGUUGUCCAUGGGCUUCCCCAGACCAAGGGCACUCAAAGCUCUGGUGUCAACUGGAGGUCGGAGUGUACAAGCAGCAUGUGACUGGCUGUUUUCACAUGUGGAUGACCCGUUCCUGGACGACCCUCUGCCCAGGGAGUAUGUUCUCUAUCUUCGACCUAGUGGGCCACUCCAGAACCAGCUGUCCCACUUCUGGCAGCAGAGCCGGGUCACCUGUGGCAAAAACAAAGCCCACAACAUUUUCCCCCAUAUUACUCUCUGCCAGUUCUUCAUGUGUGCCGACCACAAAGUAGAAGCUCUGUGUGAGGCCCUCCAGGCCACCGUACAGCAGUGGCGGGGUAGAUUUCCCAGCCCGCUGCCUUUAGAGCUCUACACAUCUUCCAACUUCAUUGGUCUUUUCGUGGAGGAGCAGGUGGCCGACAUCCUCAAGCAGUUUGCAGCUGACUUUGCUGCAGAGGCUGUCAGGAAGGCAGAAGUCCAUGUAGAGCCUCACAAGAAGCAGCUCCAUGUCACUCUAGCCUACAAUUUUCCUAGUGAUCACCUCCCCUCACUGGAGAAACUAGCUAAGGGCAUUGAAGUGAAGCUGGGAUGCGACUGGUUGGCUGUUCUGUUCUCCCGGGACAUUCGUUUUGCUAACCAUGAGACCCUGCGGGUGAUGUACCCCUACAUGCCACAGAACGAUGAUGAACUGGAGCUGGUUCCUGGGGAUUUCGUCUUUAUGUCUCCUGUGGAUCAGAAUAGCACCAGUGAGGGCUGGGUGUAUGGGACCUCACUGGCCACUGGGCUAUCUGGCCUGCUGCCUGAGAACUACAUCAGCCUGGCCGACGAGUCCGACACCUGGGUGUUUCAUGCCUCCCAUUCAUUCUUCAGCUGUGGGCCCAGUGACAAGAGCAGUAAAGAGAGAGGCAUGUUUGAUGGCCUGUUGGACAGCCGACGGCCUGAUAGCACAAGCCCUGGAGACACACCAUCACUCAGCCUCAUCUGUCAUCCAGUGCAGCAGGUCCUGAGGAUCAGCGGUAGUCACUCCCGGCAACCUAAGCGCACUCUUUUUGUCUGCCGCCAUGGUGAGAGGAUGGAUGUGGUCUUUGGCAAACACUGGCUCGCCCUCUGCUCAGAUAGUAAAGGUAGAUACAUACGUUCCAACCUAAACAUGCCUCCUAGUCUGCCUCUGUGGGGAGGACAGAGAGACUAUGACAUGGAUUCUCCUAUCACUGUGUUUGGAUCUACACAGGCUCGACUUGUGGGUGAAGCCUUAUUAGAGAGCAACACAGUGAUAGACUUUGUGUACUGCUCUCCUGCUCUGCGAUGUGUUCAGACUGCACAGAACAUCCUGAAAGGUCUACAGCAGGAUGGUAAGCUGAAGGUGCGAGUGGAACCAGGGCUUUUUGAAUGGACCAAGUGGGUGUCUGGGAGCUCCCUGCCUGCAUGGAUACCUCCUACUGACCUGGCUGCUGUCCACUUUAAUGUCGACACAACUUACAGACCUCUGAUCCCAAUCAGCAAGCUUACUCUGUCUGAGUCCUAUGAGAACUACAUGAGUCGGAGCUAUCAAGUAACCAAAGAUAUCCUAUCAGACUGCAAAAACACUGGAAACAACGUGCUGAUUGUAGCCCACGCUUCUUCCUUAGAAGCCUGCACGCGCCAACUGCAGGGCCACAGCCCACAGAGCGCCAAGGACUUCAUCCAAGUGGUCCGAAAGAUCCCCUACCUGGGCUUUUGCUCCUGUGAGGAGCAGGGGGACACAGGGGUGUGGCAGUUAGUGGACCCUCCCAUCCUCCCCCUCACACAUGGGCCAAACCACACCUUUGACUGGAGGGAGACACUCCUGCAAGAAUGACACCUGCCUGAUCAGAACCUCUUAACCUGAUGAUAUAUACCCACAAGACUGCAGUGACAUGUUUCAUGACCAAUGCCCUACCCCUACCCAUCCUCCAAAUACUGGAACUUUGUUCUUUUCAGCCUGUUUAGCAGCUUGUGGCUUAGCAAGAAGAGCCCAGGCUUUCUGCCCAAAGUUGGUGAAUCCCUACCAGUGAACAGUGACUGCAUCCCUGAAGAAGUUAGCUGGGGCAGUGUGACUGAGUGUUCUCUUGACAUUUAGCAGGAUUACGCUCAUAUUACCCACCCAGUCUCAGGAAUUUUUGUGAAAUUAGGAUCCAGAUCAUAAGAUAGGUGUUCUUCCUCCCAUAUGAAUGCAUUAAAAAUUCCUUUUGAUUGAUUUUAGUGUGCAUUCGCUCAUCGUUAAUGUUCCAUUUCACUGAAAGCUUUCCCUGAAAUGCAGCGGUCUUCAAGUCACAAACUUAUAAAAGCUCAUUUACUCACAUAAAUUUAAUUGUGAGGUAAUGUUACCAUUACCAAGAUACCCCCCGGCGCAAUACUCAUUCAUGUUAAUGACCAGUACAAUGUGGUUUCCUGCUAUUAUUAUUAUUAUUAAUCAUUUAAUGUCUCUAUAUUAUCAAUUUUUUUUCUACCAAAUUUGCUCUGCUGAGUUGUGGAAAUGUUAGCACACAGUAGCAUUCUUGCUACUAUGUGUAUAGUUUUUUGGUCCAUUAUAGAAGUUAUUGAGGGCAUCAUGAGAAGGUGUUCUAUCAAUUGAAUUUUUGGGGGUAGGAGAGUCUAUCAUUUGGGGGGAUUAAAAACUUUGCAGUUCAGGAUUCCUGCAGUUCUCCAAAUGUUUAUGUAGGAAUUUAUAUUUGGAGAUGGCUGUAAGAUUAAAUCAAAAAACAUUUUGGUAAAGUAGGAAAAAAAUCUUGACAUGUACAGUAGACCAAAUGUAAUGUAACAGCACCAAGUCUGCAUUUACAGGUACUAAUAACAAGCAGUAACCUUGUUUUGUCUGACCAACAGUCCAGAAUCCAAAGAUUUACUUCAAAGCUCAUGUAGGUCAAAGAAAGGCAUCAGAAACUGUGUUUCAGGGAUUAUUGCUGUUGAACAAUUGUUAUAACUUUAAUAAAAGAUGAAAUGUAA